AUGGUCUGUUUUGUAGCGAAAUGCGUUGAUCAUGCCUCCGCUGCUUUAUCAAUGUUAUCAAAUGGGAAGGCUCAAUUUGACAUAGUGAUGGCAAAUAUGAAUCCACCAGAUAUAAGCACCUUCAAGCUUCUCCAAGAAGCAGUUAAAAUGGACUUGCUAGUGAUUUAUUUUGUUAUACUGACUCUAUUUUGUAUGUUUUUUAUUCGAGUGAUGGAUGAUUAUGACGAUAAUAUGGUGGCAAGAAGUGCUCUGGAGCAAGGGGCCUUUCUUUUUCUCCCAAAACCAAUUAAAAUGGAGGAUGUAAAGUACCUUUGGCAACAUCUGUGGAGGGAGAAGACACGGAAAAUUAAAGAAAAAGAACAAAUUGGUGAGGUACCGGUAUUCAACAGAAUGAGUAACGGGUUUGGGGCAGAAGGUCAAAUCCCAUUGGAAAAUAUUACGAAUGACGACGAUGACGUUGCUGAAAAUGGAAGCAAAUCAAGAAAAAAAGGUAGAAAAGUUCGGACAGAGUGGACUCAAGAACUCCAUGACAAAUUUGUGGACGCUAUAAUUGAACUUGGUGAAGGAAGAUGUUACCCAAAGGAAAUCCUAGAGCUCAUGAAUGAACCCGGUCUUACAAGAUUGCAGGUGGCCAGCCAUCUCCAGAAAUGUCGUAAAGGGAGUUGGAGACCAAACAAAGAGAGAAAAGGUCACUAUAUUAAUAUUGAGGUGUCACCGGAGAUCAAGGCGACCAACCUGAAAAGAAAGAACUUUGGCUCCAUGCCCGUUUUAAUCAAACAUUUGGAGCAGCAGAAUCUCCAAAUCAACGAAAACAGUGAAAAAAUUCAAGAUCGACAAAUCUAUAGUCUGGCAAAUAAUAACGUCUUUGAUUAUCAUCCUCAGGUUGAAUCACAGAAAAAUGUAAAUGGAUUCACAUUUUCCCAAGACAAUGUCGAAGCACCCUACAUGGAACAGGAUGGAACUAAUUUACUAACAGUGCCUGGUGCUUUCAUGCCUAAUGAGCAAUUUAUGUCUGAUUUCGAUAGCGUCACCAGUGGAGACCUGCAAGCAUUUGAUAUUGAUCGACCUAAUGAGCCAGGUUAUUCUUAA